GAAGCAGGAAGCGUCGUGGUUUUGGCGGCGCGUCCUCCGGGCACCUGUUACCACCCUGCCAUGAGAGGCCUCGGGCCAAGCCUGGCGGCCCGGCGCCUCAUCCGUCUGUGGCUGCCGACAGUGCAGCCGCAAUUCCGGCUGUCUAGCGGCCGGCCGGCCGACUCGUCCCUGGAGCGGGCCAUGGACGAGCUGCUGCUCCGCGCCGUGCCAGCCGCGCCGCCCUACGAGCUGCGCGAGAAGACGCCGGCGCCCGCCGAGGGCCAGUGCGCGGACUUCGUCAGCUUCUACGGCGGCCUGGCCGCAGCGGCCGAGCGCGCCGAGCUGCUGGGUCGCCUGGCGCGGGGCUUCGGCGUGGACCACGGCCUGGUGGCCGAGCAGAGCGCCGGCGUCCUGCAGCUGCGCGAGCAACCGCGGGAGGCGGCCGUGCUGCUACAGGCGGAGGACCGGCUGCGCUACGCGCUGGUGCCGCGCUACCGCGGCCUGUUCCACCACAUCAGCAAGCUGGACGGCGGCGUGCGCUUCCUGGUGCAGCUGCGGGCCGACCUGCUGGAGGCUCAGGCCCUCAAGUUAGUGGAGGGGCCGCACGUCCGGGAAAUGAAUGGUGUGCUGAAAGGCAUGCUCUCAGAGUGGUUUUCUUCAGGGUUCUUGAACCUUGAACGGGUCACCUGGCAUUCACCCUGUGAGGUGCUUCAGAAAAUUAGUGAGUCUGAGGCUGUGCAUCCCGUCAAGAACUGGAUGGACAUGAAGCGGCGUGUGGGACCCUACCGGAGGUGCUUCUUCUUCUCACACUGCUCGACCCCCGAAGAGCCACUGAUUGUCCUGCAUGUGGCUCUGACCAGUGACAUCUCCAACAAUAUCCAGGCCAUAGUAAAGGAUUGCCCUCCAUCAGAUACAGAAGAGAAGAACAAAAUUGCCACCGCCAUCUUCUACUCCAUCAGCCUGACACAGCCAGGACUGCAGGGUGUGGAGCUGGGUGGUUUCCUCAUCAAGAGGGUGGUGAAGGAGUUGCAGAGAGAGUUUCCUCACCUCGGGGCAUUUUCAAGUCUGUCUCCUAUACCUGGGUUCACCAAGUGGCUUCUGGGGCUCCUGAGCUCACAAGCCAAGGAGCACGGGAGAAACGAGCUGCUCACAGACUCUGAAUGUAAAGAGAUCUCCGAGCUCACUGGUGGGCCGGCCCUCGAGACCCUCAAGGGUCUUCUCAGCAGCAACGACUGGGCCAAGUCAGAAAAGCUGUCCAGGGCACUGCAGGCCCCCCUGAUGCGGCUCUGUGCCUGGUACCUGUAUGGGGAGAAGCACCGAGGCUAUGCCCUGAACCCUGUGGCAAACUUCCACCUGCAGAAUGGGGCCGUGAUGUGGCGCAUCAACUGGAUGGCCGAUGCCAGCUUCAAGGGUAUCACCAGUUCAUGCAGCCUGAUGGUCAACUACCGCUACUUCCUAGAGGAAACAGCCGCCAACAGCACUUCCUACCUCAGCUCAAAGAACAUCAAGGCUUCAGAGCAGGUGCUCAGCCUGGUGGCCCAGUUUCAGAAGCAAAGCAAACUAUAAAAAAUCAGUCAUCCCUGAAGCAGACACCUCCCUGGCUUGGAAAAGGAUCCUUUUUCUGCAUGAGUCAGGUGUGUUAUGUACCAGAAGUUUAUUUCAGUAAAGCAGGUUAAGUCUGUCCUCACUCCCUGGAGCAGGCUCACCUCAAAGGCACAUUACCCAAGAUUUGUUGUGCUUAGAAAUAUAUGCUACAAGAUGUGAUGACACAGGUGCACACAAUCUGGGUCAGGACACUUGAGCAUCUCCAGAAGGUUGUUUUGCUGCCUUUGACCUUACUUCCUGCCCAGCACCGGUGCUGUGACACCUCUGUCUCCAGAAAAUUCUAGAACUUCUGCCAGCUGGUAUCCCCGGGUGGGUCUGUCAACCUCAUUCAGACAUCGCAGGUGAGAACAGAUUUUCUUGCAGGCAUAGAAAAUACUUUGUCAGUGGUUGCUCCACUUCUCUCCACCCAUGGCAAAAAGUUAGAAGGCUCUACUACAUUCUGCUAGUUACAUUUUGGAGAUUUAUUCUGAAUGCAUAAAGAGGGCUCUACACAAAGUUUAUUGCUGCAGAAUUGGAUUUCUGAACACAAAUGGUGUUACUUGGGGCUUACAAUGGCUAUAGACUUUAAAAUUACAGUUAUUCAAGUUCAUAAUGAACUUAGCAGUAAAGAACAAGUUUGUUCUGUGAAGCAUUAAAUAUAAGUUUAUUUAAGGUCGCGUGCUAGUCAUGUUUUAGAUCCAAGAGCUCGUAAGUUAGAAUCAGCCCUAAAAUAUUAACAGUGCCCUUGGUCCCCAACCAACCCGUUGGCAUGUCUGGCUGCAGACGAAGAGGCCUGGAGUAUGUGGCAGGGGAACAGAAAGGAAGGGAGAGGGGCCAGGCAGUGGUGCACCUGGUUGAGUGCUCACAUCACAGUAAGCAAGGUUCAAGCUCCACCUGCAGGGAGAAAGCUUCACAAGUGGUGAAGCAGGGCUGCAGGUGUCUCUCUGUCUCUCUCCCUCUCUGUCUUCCCCUCCCCCCUCAAUUUCUGGCUGUCUCUAUCUAAUAAAGAUUUAAAAAAUUAAAAAAGAGAAGGAGAGACAAUGGCUGUGGUUUGGGGAAGAAAGAGGAAGGGAUGGCUGUGUGUGAGUCUGGCUGCACCUGCAUGUGUCUGUACACAUGUGUCUGUGUGCCUGUGAGAGUCCAUGCUUAUGGUGUGCUCAGUGUCCUCACUUAGUCUGACAGGCCCUGCCCUUCUGAGCUUUUUGUCCUUCAGACCCAGCCUCCAGUUAUUCUCAGUCAUAUUCUGCAUAUGGCUUGUUAUCUGUUAACAGUGUGAUAUUGUCACCACUGGAAAUCUUUCCCUAUCUGAAUCCUUGUGGCAAUUGCUGCUUACUUUGCUCUCAGGUAAUUCUGAAAGCCCUUGAUUCCAGAGUUACCUGCACACCCAGUGUCCAGACAGUGUCACCACCCUCAGAUUGCUGCAGACAUGUUCACACAUGUGUUGCCUCCUGGCAUAACUGCUCCAGGGUAGCAGCUCCUGUCACCCACAUCACACCUGUCUUCUUCAUUUGACCACGUAACCCUGGAGAUGUUCACACCAAAUUCUCAAUCCAAACACUCAAAAGUGGGGAGUCUAUAACAGAGUUGUGAGUUCACAUCCUUUCGACAGCCAUCAGGAAUUUCUCAUUUGUCACACCUCGUCUUUACAGUGCCUUACAUUUAACAGGUGCUGCAUGAACUGGAUGACUAGACAUGAAGAGUGCUAAUGGUUUGAAUGUCCAUGUCCCCUCCAAAUCCAAAUGUUGACAUCCUAACCACCAAAGCCUUUGGUAUUAGGAGAUGAGGCUCUGAAAAGUGAUCAGGUCAUAAGGGUAAGGUCCUCACGAAUGGGCUAGAGCCACUAUAAAAGGGACUCGUUCCCUCACCCCCUUCCACUCUGAAGAUACAAGAACUUGAGACUGGAAGAGGAUCUUCACCCAAUUGUGCUGACACCCUGACUUCAUACUUACAACCUCCAGAAACAUGACCAAUAAACUUGUUGUUGCUAAACCA